AUGCCCACCGAUCUCGAGUGGCACAAUUCUGAACUGGACCGUAAAUGGGCGUACUGGGGCUCAAUAACGCGUAUGGACAUGAUUAGCCAGUACAUACGCAAUCACUGUGAGGAGCCUGGGGGCGGAUUGUGGAAGAUUGAGGAAUCAAUCUUCAGGGCGGGUGUGGGUCUUGAAGCGCUUCACAUGGCGCGUAUAUCUGCUUGGGCCUGUCUCCGCGGCGUCCCGACGCAUCCCGAGGUAUCCCGACUGUACCAGCGUCUCCUUGCCGGGAGCGAGGGAAUGUAUACGAUCGACGAGCUGCUCUUCUCUCGCGCGGAGUUAGAGCAGUGUCAGUACGAUUGCGGACUUACAAGUGCAACGGACGUAAUGGACAUGAAGGACAAGUCGAAGGAUUUCGACAAGGUAUUUAAAGCUCCGCCUCGUUGGUGGAUGAUGAUGGAUCCCGAACAUCCCGACGAUGGCGCAAAACCUUUCCAGAUGAUCGACGACUUUCUGGCUUUACGGCGCGUCCGAGGGAAGCCGGAAGCUUUGAAUGGCGUCGACGAAGAUGACGCUCGGGCUGUUCAACAAGUCCUCGAAGAUGCUACACAGGUCUUGCAGGCAUUGCGAAUUGAUCAUGAAGAUCAGCUGCAGUACCUCAACAAGAUUCUAGCCAUGGAUGAGCGCGAACUGUUGGAACUCUACGUCGCCGCGUAUCCCGACGGGGCUUUGACUGCCGACCAACGCGAUACUCGGGACGGAUUUGGGCUAGUCGGGGAGAAUGUGAUGCAGGCCGUUCUGGCGUCUGUGCCGCAUACAACGUAG